GUCUCACAAGUUUGCUUCUGAAAACUCCAAAACCUCCCUCCACUUUGUCUAUCAUCAGAUCACAAAAAAAAGGCGAAGACGAAGAAGACCCUCAAAUAUUCAAAAUCCCUAAAAACCCCAUCUUAAAUCGCAGCAUUUUCAAAUUCAGCAGCUUUAAUUAUUACAGAGAAGAAAAGCAGACAAUUAAUUACUGAAAAAGUUUUUUUCACUCUCACCGUGUGUGUGUGUGUAUGUGAGAUGAACAGUCUACGCAAGUUUAAAAUCUUCGAUUCGUUCCCAGCGUAGCAGACUGCGGCUUUUGUUUCUGGGUUUCUCUUGGUUACUACUGGUUUGCUGAAUGGCUAAGCGCGUGCACCAAGUUUGGAAGGGUAACAAUAUCUUUUUCCUAGGUGGGAGGUUGAUUUUUGGCCCUGAUGCAAGGUCACUGCUUGUCACCUUAUUGUUAAUCAUCGUCCCAGUCAUUAUCUUUUGUGUGUUUGUUGCAAGGCAUCUUCGCCAUGAGUUUUCAUCCUAUAACGCAGGAUAUGCAAUCCUGAUAGUCGCAAUUGUCUUCACCAUUCACGUAUUGGUGCUGCUGCUUCUUACUUCCGCUCGAGAUCCAGGAAUUGUACCGCGUAAUUUACACCCACCAGAAGAAGAAUUUCGUUAUGACACUUCAGCAUCAGUGGAGGUUGGUGGACGGCAAACGCCAAGCCUCCAGUUCCCCAGAACUAAAGAAGUCAUGGUUAAUGGGCUCCCAGUUAGGGUUAAAUAUUGCGAUACUUGUAUGCUAUAUCGUCCUCCUCGUUGCUCACAUUGCUCCAUCUGCAACAAUUGCGUGGAGCGUUUUGAUCAUCACUGCCCUUGGGUGGGUCAGUGCAUAGGAUUGCGAAACUACCGGUAUUUCUUUUGUUUUGUUUCUUCUGCAACACUUCUUUGCAUCUAUGUGUUUGCAAUAUCUGCUUUCUACAUCAAGGUUCUGAUGGAUGAUCAUCACGGAACCGUAUGGAAGGCAAUGAAAGAAUCUCCAGCAUCCGUAAUUCUGAUGGCCUAUUGUUUUAUAUCCCUGUGGUUUGUUGGCGGACUCACUGGCUUUCACCUUUAUCUAAUAAGCACAAAUCAGACAACCUAUGAGAAUUUCCGUUAUAGAUCUGACAACCGGAUCAAUGUAUACGAUCGUGGUUGUUUGAAUAAUUUUUUUGAAGUAUUUUGCACAAAGGUCAAGCCUUCAAGGAACAACUUCCGAGCUUUUGCGCAGGAGGAACCCCAGAGGCCUCCUAUUCCCACCUCCCGGGAUGCUGAAACAGAGGAUGCAGCCGAUGAUCGACGCAUGAAGGUUGAAGAUGAUUUAGACAUUGGUGGGGAUCUUUUGAAGAUCUCACAGCGUCAUAAUAUUGAAGAUAUUGAAGCAGAUAUUCAUAGUAGGGGGAGCGAUGUGCCCCACCAUAAUUCAUCUGAAGCUGAUUCGGUCCUAGGUUCUGAUAGACGGGGCCCUGCUGUGCAAUCAGAAACACGGCACUCAAGUUGGGGGAGAAGUGGGAGCUGGGAAAUUGCAAAUGAGGGAAGCUAUGUGGCUCAAAAAGAAGCAUACCAAUAAGGGCAUGAAAGGGAUCAGUUGACGGCAUCACAGAUCAAGCGGUGACAUGUCAUAGUUGUAUGGAGCUUUCCAAAUGGCUGUUGUUGGUGUUGCUUUCUGAUUUGAGAGAAAAGGUGCCAUCUUCUUCUAUUCAAUCCUGGAAAAGUGGGUUCGAGUUUUACUUCCUGUUUAGGUUGAAGUUUGUGCUAAAGUUUUCCUAUUGCUCAUCCUUGGGUUGAUCUAAUCUUUUUCUCAUUUUAUCAUUUUUGUGAAAGCAGUGAAGGUAAGAUUUUAGUGUAAUUGUGUUGGGGAAAAUGUCUUUUUUCUUACUUUUGUAUUUUCCCUCAAACAUAACCAGCUCCAUAUUGAUAUGUGUAAUCACGUGGUUUCAUGAGUUUGUAUUCUUUGUGUAAUUAACUUUCUCAUAGAUCUGAAAAGGCAUUUAUCUCUGAUUUUACUAUA